AAAUUUGAUCAUAUUUCAAAUAUUUAUGCUCGUAUUAAUGACAGGCGCACACCAGUACAUAUAUCAAAUUGAUGACUACCAUAUUGAAGUUAAUGAAACCGAUUUCAAAUGUGAUAAAAUAUUUUGCCCAGAGGAGACUGAACGUUGCGAGAUUGAUUUGAAAUUAAAUGAUGAAAAUAAAAAUGAAUUAUUUUACAUAAAUACGUGUUACGGUGACAAUGAUACUGUUUUGGAGCAAGAUUUUAAUCUUCAAAGUUACGAAGAGGCAGAGCUCAUAAAUUUAACUGGUUAUAAAAAUGGCAGCGUAAUACUCAUUACAUAUCAAAAAGUUAGUAAACCUGUAAUGGUAACCACACAACAAUCUACAGAAGAGAGCUUUAGCGUAAGAGUCAUAGCGGAAAAGGUUUAUUCAGAUGUAACGAAUAUCGCUAGCGAUAUAUUUAAUAAAUUCGGUUCAUGGUGGUAA